GUGUGUGUGUGGGCGUCGAUGGCGGCGGCGACGUCGGCGCUCCUGUCCGCCUUGGCUGCCCGGCUUUCCCAGUCGGCCACCGCCCGCACCUACGGCAUCUUUUGCAAAGGGCUGACGCGAACCCUCCUCAUCUUCUUCGACUUGGCUUGGAAGCUCCGCAUCAAUUUCCCUUACCUGUACCUCGUGGCUUCGAUGAUGUUCAACGUCAGGCUACAGGUUCAUAUUGAGAUUCAUUAAAUUAUGUCUUUCGUUACAACCAGCAAACAUUCCACCACUUACUUUGGAUUACUACAAUGCAGAGCUUUGAGGACAGGGAAAUGAUGCCUUUCUCUCUUACCUGUAUGGCCCAGGAAGAAGAUUUGGGACACCAUCACCUGCAGCGAAGGACUAACCUAAAUCAGCAUAAGCAGAUCCUUCACCUUCUAAGGGUCCUUUUCUUACUGAAGAGCACUCAGAUGGCUAAUCAUCACUCGCAAAAGGAAUCUUUCUCUCUCAAAAUCAGAUGCUGCCCUCUGUUUCAAGCUAUCCCACUGUCUGAUAUUGGUGAAAAAGUCUUACCACAUUGGAGUAAAGUAACAAAUCGAGUCAUCGUAUCCAAGGAAUCACUUGGUUUAUUAGAGAAAGAUCUCCUGGAGAAAGUCUUUAGUCCCUUCAAGAGCACUACAAUAACUGAUUGGUUAGAGAGAGGUCAUGACUUCAUUAGUGAACCAAACAGGUGGAGAACACUUUAUACACUCUGCACAUUUUUGACUAUCAGAGCCCCAGCAUAACCAGAAGCGACAAUGUUAGAACUGGAAUUAAGGGUUGGCGAUGAAAUGCACCUUGUGUUACUUGAGAUGUUGAUUUGCAAGGAAUUUCGUUCUUCAGAUUUGAAAUUCAGCCUGGCUGCUUCAUUGGGUGAACAUCUAGUGCGGCUUAUCGGGGACCAACAUCUGUCUGUUUUUCUGAUUUACUUUAAUCUCAUGUCUUUUACCCAAUAGCUCUGAAUAUACAGAAAUACUUUCCAGUAUAAAAUAUCCAAGCAAGAAUUGUCAGGUAUCUCAGUGGUUGCUUAGCUAUAUGAUUAUUAGCACCUCAAAUCUCUGUCGUGUAAUAGUAAAUAUAAAAAAAGCAGAGUUUGGAAAUGGAAGUGCUUUCUGAAUCUGCUUAUUGAAUCUUCCUCACUUGUUAUUUUUAACAUUUUUUUCAGAAGCCGAGUACCGGAGUGGUUUUAUAAUACUCUGGACAAUCCAAAUUUAACAGCAUUACGGAGCUAAACCGACACAUAGGCCGUCAAAUUGAUUCAGUAAAACCUUCAGGAAUCCCAUUUUGCUACCACCUCUGUAUUAAUACCAGCACAUUAUCAAUAGGGUUGAAUUUGAACAGUAUAUGCCUGUGGAUUGGUUGCCAUAUAGUGUGAGCAAAUGUUUUUCAGCUUUUACUAUGUAUUGCAUUCCUACCAUGCAUAUAGGGUGGGGGAAGUUUUUCCAAAGCAUUUCUGAGCCCCCAGAAACAUUAUAUAUGAGGCAGGCUGAAAGUUUUAAGGGAAAAUGAAGAAGUGGAAAUCUUACUGAAUUAUAGUUUAUACAUGGUCCAGCAAUCCUCAUUCUCUCGGGUGCAACAACAUGCUGGUUUUGGAGAUGGGAGUCCAGUUAAACAUAUCAAGCAGGUAAUCCAAGUUGAGAAAUGCUGGUUUAGAUGCUACAGCAUUUUCAGCUGGCCUUUAGGCAAUGCAAAAAAAAAAUGCUGUUGUUUUUUUUAAAAAAACCCUCAAGAUAUGUUUGUAAUGUUCUGAAGGCCUAAUCGAGUAGCCUUCUAUAAAAUGAUAGUUGGCUAUAGCUGUUUUAUAAUUAUCUCUAUUGCUAUCUGUAUUCACGUGCAUAAGGAUAGGCUAAGAUACCUUUUAGGUACUGUUACCGGAUUUAAUAAAGAAUUGUUACACAUAAGGCAAAUAUUUUGAGUCAAAAGCCAAAUGCCUGGUUUCUAUCAUAGGAUAAAUAAAGGUCAUUUUUCCAUUAUACCUUCUGACGAUGAGGGAUGUAGUUUCUCUUGAAUAUUGAAUUAUAGUCUAAAAUAUAUUUACAUUGGAAGUAGUGGCCUUGCCAAUCCUCAGUAGCAUCAGUGCUUUAAAAAAGCUAUGUGGGUGUUUCCAGCUACCAAAACUUCAGAAUUUGGAUGUGCAGCCUGCAGGACCUUUGAAUCAUAAAACAUUGUAGGUAUACUAUGGUGUUUGCAGGUGUCUUGUAGAAAGAGUAGUAGAACUUCAUGACCCUUUAAAGAUUCACCAUUUUAUUAUUAAAGAUUCACCAUUUUAUUAUACAGGCAUUCUUGAGACUGCAGCUGAUGAAGUGACUUAUGUGCAAAAGUGCAUGCGAUAAUUAGCUUAUAACACAGAAAUCUUUAGCGCAAAGCUAAGGUUAGCUCUUUUCCCUCAAUAGGUUGCUAUGAUGAUCCAUUUUAAAUGGCAAUGCUAUGUAGUACAUUAAUAGUGAGGUUAAGAUUUCAGAGAACAAUAUUCUUUCAAGCCAAGGGGAUUUCAACCUAGUUGUAGAACAAUUCUUAAACAGUACAGUUCUUGAAUAUUUCAAGUUUCCUAUUUCUAAAAUCUUUUCCACAAGCUUACAGGAGUCAUGUUCUGAUAUUUUCCACCUGUGAACAAUGUAUAUGCAUCACUUUCUAGUGUGUUUUAAAAAGGAUUUUGAUGAGAAAGUUAUGCAACUCUUUUAAUCAAGUUCCCUAUUGCUUUGUGUUAAACUCCUAAAGAAUUGAAACAUUCCAGCUGAACAGAAGGAAAUUUGGAUUUUGCCAUCCAUAUCAAUACAUCCACAACUUUGUGUAGCUUGAUAAGGUUUACAUUCAGCCUGAUUCUCUGACAUUUGUUUCAUAUUUUCUAUCGGCAAAAUUAGCAUGCUAACAAUAAACCAGAAUCCAGAGAUCUUGACUGAUACAAAUGAAAUCAUGCUUAAAGAAACGUCUUCGAGAUUAUGGCUAUUCUGAUUUAAAUAUAACUAUCGUCUAUGUAAAAGUUUUCCAAUGUCUGAAAAAGCUUAUAUUUCAUGUACCUGCAUUUCAAGGAUGAAGCUGAAAUUGCCUCAAGAUC